GGGUAGUACCUUAGGCAAGGUAACCCAAUCGCCGGCACAAUGCAGACAGCUUGGCCCGCGCAGCUACUCCCGUGCAAAACACGCUCAGAUGGUGGCGUUGUUGAUUCCAACGAAGUCACUUCAACGCUGCGGCCGCUGUGAUAAUGGACGAAGCUGUGGAAGAAGACGGCUUUAUCCUCGUCCCUCGUGAGGGCAGCGACUACUCCAGGGGCAGCAUGAGCAAGACUGAUAAUGCAGACGAGGAUGGUGUAUCCGUCGAAUACCUCUCCGAAAUCAGCGACUUCAUCGACGGCCUUACCAACUCACUCUGGCCCCUGAACAAGUUCAUACACGAGAGCCCCGAGCUGGCCUUCCGGGAACACAAGGCGCACCAAGCCCUCACCAGCUUCAUGCGGUCGCGGGGAGACAGCUGGCACGUCACCCCAUCGGCCUACGGACUCGAGACGGCGUGGGUGGCCGUGUACGAGAGCGGACGGCCGGGGCCCACCGUCUCAUUCAACGCCGAGAUGGACGCGCUCCCCAACCUGGGCCACGCAUGUGGCCACAACCUCAUCGCCACCGCGUCCGUGGCCGCGGCGCUCGCAACGGCCAAGAUCAUGAAGCGGCACAACAUACCGGGCAAGGUGGUCCUGCUGGGCACGCCGGGCGAGGAAGGCUGGGGCGGCGGCAAGAUCCGGCUGCUGGAGCGCGGCGCGUACCGUGGCAUCGACGUCUCGCUCAUCUCGCACCCGGGCAUCCUGCACAACAGCGCGCUCGUGCGGACCACGGCCUUCAGCCGGCUCGGCGUCGAGUACGUCGGGCGGGCCGCGCACGCGGCCAAGGCGCCCUGGCGGGGGAUCAACGCGCUCGACGCGCUGGUGGUCGCCUACAACGCCGUGUCGGCGCUGCGCCAGCAGACCAUGCCCGGCGACGUCAUUGGCCUGGCCAUCACCGACGGCGGCGGCGACGCGACCAACCUCGUGCACGCCCACGCCGCCUGCGUGUGUGUGCUCCGCGCCCGUACCGCCGCCCGCCUCCGCGUCCUCCAAGACAAAGUAGGCGCCUGCUUCCGGGCCGGCGCCGAGGCCACCGGCGCGCGCGUCACCAUCACGCUCACCCAAGGGUACGACGACCACGUGCCGAACCGCGUGCUGGCCGCCUCGUACGCAAGGGCCUGGCAUCAUAGUAUUCAUCGGCCACCACCACCACCACCACCAUCCGAUCCGCCCAUGCCGCCGCUGCUGCCGCACGAGUUCACCCGGAUCAUGUCGAGCACGGACCAGGGGAAUAUCAGCUAUGCCGUGCCCAGCGUCAACGCGAGCUUCGCGAUACCACCGGGUCCGCUCGGGGGCCAACCGCACAGUCCCGAUUUUGAGGUGGCGUCGGGGACGAGGGAGGCGUUUGGGCGGGCGCUGAGGGUGGGCAAGGCGCUGGCGGGGACGGCGGUGGAUGUGUUGACGAAGGAGGGGUUGCUUGCGGAGGUCAAGAGGCAGUGGAGACGGGAUAUGGAUGAGAUCCAGGAGGAAGAAGGGGGUGGUUUUGCCGUCGCCUUGAUGUCCAGCCUAGCGGUGACCCAGCUGUGGCCCACGGGUUCCAUCCUCACAUCCAUCUUCGCCGACCCGACAAGCAUCAAAACCGAACGCAGCCGGCUCGCAGCUCUGAGCCCACUUUCGCCCCUCGCCUAUCCCGCCGCUGCAGCUCAGGUUGGAUCCGGGGAGCAUGGAAUGCACGGCCUGGAUGUGGGCCGCCCGGUAGCCGCCGCCUCCAUCGUAUGCGGUGCAGCAGAGGCCAUGGAACGUCACGCUCCAGAAGCCGUAGUCGAGGAGGGGUUGGCCGUUUGCUGCGAGAGCGAGGCCCGCGGCAGCAGCGAGGAAAGUGCAGAGACGGAGGUGGAGGAGCAAAAGGAGUGA